CCCAGAAACGCAAACCCCGAACUGAGAUCAGUGGCUGAAGCUGCACGGAGCUCGGUCUGCACGACGGUCUGUUCUAAAGGGAUGGCAGCAGGGUAACUCGGGGACAGUGACGACAUCCGCGAUGAAUCCCGAGUGCGAUCUGAACGUCAAGCGGACUGCACAGGGGCAAAAAAAGUGAAUGAUUGGAGCCAGAGGAGCAAAGUGCACGCUGAGUUUGCACACAGGACAGUCGAGAGACGAAGCAUUUUUUUCCGGAGAACUUCGGUUCCAUGACAUAGGCGGGCACAGCUCCGUGCGUUCUCCAGAACCGCACCAUAAUGCGGCAGUAUUAUGGUUAUAUCCGAGGGGGUUCCCCAUUGAUCAUCUUAUUUUUAUUGACUUUACGCUGCACACCUGUAAGGUUGCAUCCACAAUGUUUGGAUUUUAAACCUCCCUUUCGACCACAACAAGAGCUCCAGUUUUGCUCACCGUACAAGGAGUUUGGGUGCUGUAACUAUGAGAAAGACCAAGACCUCCUGACCAAGUUCUACCGGAUAAUGGGAAACUUUGAUUACCAUGGCUACGCUAACUGCGCCAGCUACGUCCAGGAGUUGCUGUGCCAGGAAUGUUCACCGUACGCUGCUCACCUCUUCGAUGCCGAGGACGCCAGCACUCCCGUCCGCACCAUCCCAGGGCUCUGCCCAGACUACUGCGCACAGUUCUGGAAGAAGUGCAGCUCCGCUCUCGAGUACCUCUCCGACGACCCACACCUGGCCAAAGUCAAGGCCGACCAGGCCCUGCUGUGCCAGUACCUGCAGCUGGGCGACGGGGACUACUGCUACCCGGACAUCGUGAACAACCCCCAGCUCAGCCAGAACCUGGGCCGCGUGCUCUCGGACGGGGAGGGCUGCCUGCAGAUGUGUCUGGAAGAGGUGGCCAACGGCCUGCGCAACCCGCUGGCCAUGGUGCACGCCAACGACGGCACGCACCGCUUCUUUGUGGCCGAGCAGCUGGGCCUGGUGUGGGCUUACCUCCCCGACCGCUCCAGGCUGGAGGUGCCCUUCCUGAACAUCACCAAGGCCGUGCUCACGUCCUCGUGGGAGGGGGACGAGAGGGGCUUCCUGGGCCUGACCUUUCACCCCAAGUACAGGUUCAACGGGAAGCUGUAUGUGUACUACUCGGUGGAGGUGGGCUUCGACGAGAGGGUCCGCAUCAGUGAGUUCCGCGUGUCGUCCCACGACAUGAACCUGGUGGACCAUGGCUCGGAGAGAGUGCUGUUGGAGAUCGACGAGCCCGCGUCCAAUCACAAUGGAGGACAGGUGCUGUUUGGGGAUGACGGUUACCUCUACAUAUUCACAGGCGAUGGGGGAAUGGCCGGAGACCCCUUUGGGAAAUAUGGCAACUCACAGAACAAGUCAGCACUGCUGGGCAAAGUGCUCCGCAUCGACGUGGACGACAACGAGAGGGGUCCGCUGUACCGCAUCCCCCCGGACAACCCCUUCGCCCGGCACCGGGACGCCCGGCCCGAGGUGUACGCGUACGGCGUCCGCAACAUGUGGCGCUGCUCUGUGGACCGGGGCGACCCGCUCACCCGGCAGGGCAAAGGACGCAUCUUCUGCGGAGACGUGGGCCAGAACAAGUUUGAGGAGGUCGACAUCAUCGAGAAGGGCCGCAACUACGGCUGGAGGGCCCGGGAGGGCUUCUCCUGCUACGACAAGAAGCUGUGCGCCAACAGCUCGCUAGACGACGUUCUUCCUAUUUAUGCAUAUCCUCACAAGAUGGGCAAGUCUGUCACUGGAGGCUACGUCUACCGCGGCUGUGAACACCCCAACCUGAACGGGAUAUACAUGUUCGGGGAUUUCAUGAGUGGGCGCUUGAUGAGUCUGCAGGAGGACCAAAACACGGGCCACUGGAACUACCACGAGGUGUGCAUGGGCAUGGGCCUGACCUGCGCCUUCCCUGGACUCAUCAACAACUACCACCAGUACAUCAUCUCCUUCGCCGAGGACGAAGCAGGCGAGCUGUAUUUCAUGUCCACGGAAAUCCCGAGUGCUACGGCACGUUCCGGUGUUGUGUAUAAGGUUGUGGAUCCCUCUAGACGAGCUGCCCCGGGACAGUGCCACUACGACCCUCUUCCUGUCCGAGUCAAAAGCAAGCUUAUCGAGUUCCAACCGCAGGAAACCCUCACUGGCCUGGAGCUCCCGGGGCACAGCCAGGCUGAGCUCGACCCCACCGUGGACUGGCUCCAGGAGCUCAUCGACGAACUGGGACAACCGGAGCUCACCACACCCCCCGCCGCCACCACCACGUCCACCCGCCCGCCAAGGCCCACCAAGCGGAAAGGCCGUCGCAGGAAGGCCAAGCAUCGGGCGGCGGCGGCGGCGGCGGCAGCGGCGGUUCCCCCGCCCCCGGCCGACGGGGCGGUGAGGCUGGCGGGGGAGGGGCACGAGCUGGGCGACCGCGGCCGGGUGGAGAUCUACGCCGGCGGCGAGUGGGGCACGGUGUGCGACGACCUGUGGACGGGCCGGAACGCCGAGGUGGUGUGCCGACAGCUGGGCUUCCGCGGCGCCCUGAAGGCGGCCAAGCACUCGGAGUUCGGCCAGGGCUGGAGCCUGCGCAUACUGCUGGACGACGUGCAGUGCACCGGCACGGAGGCCAGUCUGCUGGACUGCAAGCACGCGGGGCUGGGGGCGCACAACUGUGACCACCACGAGGACGCGGGGGUGGUGUGUGGGAACUCGGUCGAAUCGGGGGUGUAGAGGACGCUGAGAAACCAUGACGUGUAGUUCUAUGAAGCAUGGGGGGGAUAAGGUAUUAUGAAUCUGUUGGGGAAGAAUUGAAGGUACUAUGGGGUGCAGUAGAGGCUAAGAAUCUGUUUUGGGAGUGUAGCGUUUGAGGUGCCAUGGAAUGAGGUAGAGUAGAAGGUACGAUCUAGUGUUAGUUGAGUAUUAGGUACUAUGGAGUAUAGUAGAGUUUGAGGAACUAUGGAGUGUAGUGUUUAAGGUACUACGGAGUGUAAGAGAGUAUAAGGUAGACUUCCUGGUACUAUGAAUGUGUUGUGGAAGUGGAGAGUUUACGGUACUUUGUCUAAGUGUACCUUCAACUUAUCUCCAAUUUCGUUGCUCUAACAAAAACCUGUGCAAUUUAUUUUUUAUUUUAGGCCUACUUCUAUAAUUGAGGUAGCCGUAAAUUGGAUUUUCACUGCAAAGAUUGAAGAUUAUAACUUGUUCCAUAAACCAUUGCCAUUGUGUCCCUUGAAUGUAACAUUCCAUGAUUAUAUUAAUAGCAUUGAAUGUACAGUGUACAAUAAUUAAUGUAUGGGCAAUGGUCAAUUAACAUUGUUGCAGCCAACCAUUUCCACCUGUAAUAAAUAUAUGUCAUCACUCUU